AUGGCGCCGUCCUUCGACCACCUCCGCGACGAGGACCUCGACGAUGAGGAUUUCGAUAUGGAUGAGGUCGACAUUUCCGACCUUCGCGAAAAAUACGAGGUCCAACUUGAGCAAGGCUAUGAUACCUUCGUCGUCGUAGAUGGCCUGCCAGCCGUUACCGAGGAACUGAAGCCGAAGCUCAUCAAGUUCCUGCUGAAGAAGCUCAACUCGGUCGGCCGGACAAGCGAAGAUGCCAUUUACAUGCCGAUGGGCGACGACGGCAAAUCGCUAAGAUUCGCUUUCGUCGAGUUCUCGUCUGCCGCCGAGGCUGCCGCGGCGGUACGCCAACUAGAUUUUGUCCCUCUCGAUAAGAAGAACACCCUGCGCGUGAACAAGCUUACAGACGUCGACCGGUAUGGGAGAGAAGGCCGCAUUGACGAGGAGUACACGCCCCCCGCCAUCGACGAGUUUGAAGAAAAGGAACACCUCCGUUCCUUCAUGGCGGAUCCGAGUGGCCGGGGAAGGGACCAGUUUGUCAUGUUCCGUGGAGAGACGGUCGGCGUGUUUUGGAACAACGAGAAAGAUCAACCAGAGAACGUCGUGGACCGGCAACAAUGGACUGAGACCUUCGUUCAGUGGUCUCCCCUGGGAACAUACCUGACAUCGGUACACGCACAGGGUGUGCUCCUCUGGGGUGGCCCGUCGUGGGCCAGGCUGAGGCGCUUCCCCCACCCGUUCGUCAACCUCGUCGCAUUCUCGCCCAACGAAAAGUACCUCGUCACAUGGUCAAACCGGCCUAUUUCCAUUCCCGACAGCGGCCACCCCUCCCUCUCUCUGGACGAUGAUGGCAAGAACUAUGUCAUUUGGGAUAUCGAGACAUCCAAGCCGCUACGGUCUUUUGCGCAACAAGACACACCAGCAGCGGGCGACGAUCCGGCCAAGAAGCCGGCCAAGUUUCCCUGGCCCGCGUUCAAAUGGUCAGCCGAUGACAAGUAUGUUGCGAGGCUGAACCAAGGCACCUCUAUUUCGGUAUACGAGCUCCCGAAGAUGAACCUUUUGGACAAGACGGCCAUUAAGAUUGAGGGUGUGAUGGACUUUGAGUGGGCGCCGGCCACGCCGCGCCGGGACGGCGUCAAGGCCUACGAGCAGCUCUUCUGCUUCUGGACGCCCGAGAUUGGCAGCAACCCGGCGAGAGUUGGCUUGAUGAGCAUCCCCUCGAAGCAGAUCGUCCGUUCCCUCAACCUCUUCAGCGUAUCGGACGCCAAGCUUCACUGGCAAUCCGAUUCCUCGUAUAUCUGUGUCAAGGUCGACCGCCAUUCCAAAUCGAAGAAGUCGCAAGCCACCACUCUUGAGAUCUUCCGUGUCAAGGAAAAGGGCGUUCCUGUCGAGGUUGUCGACACCAUUAAGGAUACGGUCAUCAACUUUGCGUGGGAGCCCAAGGGCGAUCGUUUCGUGAUUAUCACCACGACCGAGCCCGUCGGUGUCACCGCCGUCCCGCCCAAAACUUCCGUCGCUUUCUUCUGCCCCGAGAAGGCCAAGGGCAAUGCGGUUGGCAACUUCAAGCACCUGCGGACCCUAGAGAAGAAGAACAGCAACGCCAUUUACUGGUCGCCAAAGGGCCGCUUUGUCGUCGUCGCUACCGUUGCCAAUACCCAGAGCUCUGACCUCGACUUCUUCGAUGUCGAUUUCGAGGGCGAGAAACCGGAGGGUGAGAAGGACCUCACUGCCAACCUGCAGCUGAUGAACACCUCGGAGCACUACGGCAUUACCGACAUUGAGUGGGAUCCCUCGGGCCGCUACGUCGCCACCUGGGCGUCGGCAUGGAAGCACUCGAUGGAAAACGGCUACCACCUCUAUGACUUCCGUGGCGAGCUGCUGCGCGAGGAGCCUGUUGAAAAGUUUAAGCAAUGGGCAUGGCGCCCGCGCCCGCCGACUCUCCUGACCAAGGAAGAGCAAAAACAGGUCCGCAAGAACCUGCGCGAGUACUCCCGCGUGUUCGAGCAGGAAGACGCCGAGCGCAUCAGCAGCGCCGAUGUGGCGGUCGUCGAGGCCCGCCGCCGCCAGCUUCUCGACUGGUACAGCUGGCGCGAGACCACGGAGGAGGAGCUCAUCGAGGAGCGCCUCGCUCUCGGCUUGCCCGAAAACCCGCUCGCCGAGCUUCUCAAGGAGAAGACAGCCGAGGUUGCGACCGUCGUCGGCGAGGCAGAGGAACAAGUUAUCGAGGAGAUCAUGGAGGAGGUUCUCGAGGAAACGGAGGAAAUUGUCAACUAG